ACGGAUAACUCAAAUGAGUGACAUUAUUAUGAUCACAGAAAUAAAGUUCGUGCAAGUGUUGGCCAUUGUUUUUAAGAUCUUCAAGAGAUGCAUUGACUAAACACGUAGGGGAUGGGGUGUGGUUUUGGCAUAACUUCCAUCUACCGCCUUUUGCGCGACAUAAAACUCUCACAUGCUCUCCUAAACCGUCACUUUCUAAGAACCCUUUAUAAAGAUGGUCGCGCAAGUUACUUCGCUGGCUAAAUGCCUGUUGAUACUGCUCGCUCUUAUUUCGGUUAUCCUAAACAUUGUGUUCAUUUGUCUUAACUCCAGUAGAGUACCUAAAUGUCAGAAUACCCAGCAAAUGUGGAAAUACAACCACAGUAACCACAGUAAGAUAUUUGCAGACCUGUCCAAGGAUGAAUACCAACAAGUCCGGGAUUACAUGUGGGCGCAGAAGAGUUUGGCAAUAUCACGCUCUGCCACAGCAGAGCCUAAGGAGAACUUCAUCUUUGUGAUAGAUGUAGUGCUCCCAAAGAAAGCUGAUGCGCUCCGUUACUUGGAUGAACGUGCCUCUCCGCCGGCAAGGGAGGCAUCUGUGGUGGUAUUCUACGGCUCCUUGGGGCAUAUUAAGGAAUAUGUGGUGGGACCUAUUGGAGGGGUACUCACCCAUCGAGAUGUGACGGCAGAAAAGUACAGUCAGUCUGAGGUGAAAAUAACUGCUCGCCCUGUCACCAUUGGUGAAUAUGUGCAAGUUUUUCAGUUCCUUUACCGGGAGGUAUUUGGGAAAUUGGAGGAAAUACUGAAGGAAAGUUUCGACCACAGCGAUAAGAAGCCACUGCGUCCAUUUGAGGGGAUGCCCCGUGGGCUUAAGUCGGGAGACAGAGAGACGUGGAUAUCGUUUUUUCGGGACAUGAGCGGAAUGUAUAUCCAUCCAGUUGGUUUCGAAGUGUUGGUUAACCACCAAAGCGUCAACACAUCCCAGUGGCAAUUAAAGAAAUUGCUUUACAAUGGUCAAUACUUUGACACUAUUGACGAAUUGAAAGAAUCGUACAAGAAAGGCACUGUAACCAAAAUCGUUUACAAGGACAUUUUAAACUAUGCCUCCUUAAAACCUCGGAGUAAGCCGAUAGGUCUUGGCCCCCAGCAAUCUUACCUUCAAGGUAAACGCUUCAGUGUUAAGAGUAACCAGGUUAUGUACAUGAAUUGGAGUUUUGCGUUUGGACUGAGCUCUCUAACCGGCAUGCGGGCGUUUGACAUUAAGUUCAGAGGAGAGAGAAUUGUAUAUGAACUUAGUGUUCAGGAGGCGAUGUCUGUCUAUGGCUCAGUAACACCUGGCAUGAUGCUCACCAAGUUCCUCGACUCCAGUAUUGGUAUCGGCCGCUUCGCGCAUGAGUUGGUGCGUGGAGUGGACUGUCCGUAUGGGGCUACCUACGUAGACACUUACCGUUAUAUAGACACGAAUGAGACACAGCGGUUCAAAAAUUCAAUCUGUGUUUUCGAGCAUGAUAUAGGCAGACCAUUACGCAGGCACUUCUCUGACUUUUUUCACAACAAAUACGGGGGGUUGGCAAACAGUGCUUUGUUUAUUAGAUCCAUCACUGCAAUCGGCAAUUACGACUAUGUCUGGGACUUCAUCUUUUACCAGAGCGGGUCAGUUGAAGCCAGAGUGCAUGCCACUGGUUACAUAUCGUCAUCUUUCAUCAUUGAUGGCAGUAUGCGUCAUGGCCACCAGGUCGCAGAAAGAACCUUGGGAAAUAUCCAUACUCACUUCAUUAACUUCAAAGUUGACCUAGAUAUUAUGGGUGUGAAGAACGUCUUCCAGACCAAAGACAUGAUCUAUGAAGAGAUGGACCUGCCCUGGACCUCAGAGCGGAAGGCCAAGAUCCCCGUGCUGGUGGAAAAGCAGUUGGCCAGUGAGCAGGAGGCUGCUCUGCGUCACGGCAAGCCCAUGCCUCGCUACCUGCACGUGGCCAGCAACCAGACAAACCGCUGGGGACACCAGCGCUCCUACAAGAUCCAGGUGAUCAGUUUUGCGGCAGAGCACCUGCCUGAGAGCGAGCCAGAGGAGAGCGCCAUGUCCUGGGCCAGGUACAAGUUGGCCAUCACUAAGCACAAAGAUGAAGAGCAGACCAGUAGUAAUCUCUAUAGCCAGAAUGAUAUUUGGUCGCCUGUAGUAGACUUUAGCAGAUUCAUUGAUGAUAAUGAGUCGAUUGUUAAUGAGGAUCUCGUUGCCUGGGUGACAGCAGGCUUCCUGCACAUUCCGCAUGCAGAGGAUAUUCCAAACACAGUCACCAUUGGCAAUGGUGGUGGUUUCAUUCUGAGACCACACAACUAUUUUGAUGAGGACCCAUCCAUCUUCUCACCUGAUGGGGUGUACUUUGAACCAGGGUCCGAGAACAGCUGUGAGUACAACAAGAUGGCCUGCCUGAAAGAUGACCUAUGCACACCCACACUGGACCCAUUCACUUAUAAUGGGUUUGAAGAAGUCUUGAAAUUUGAAUGAGGCUGAUUGGUUUUAUUGUUAUCUCGGGAUUUACAAUCUGGACUAGAGGGCUGUUCACACCGAUAACUACAAAGAUAACUAUAACUAUAACAAUAUGAGCGUUACACUGACCAACGAUAAGGAAAGAUAAGAUAAUUAGGCAAGACGCUUUUGUCCAAAACAACUUACAAAAAAAAAUGUUAAGGUGCGUUAAGCAAAUUAGUAAUAAUAACAAUAAUAUAAAUGCAACUCUAAAAAUUGAUUAAUUAGGUGUAAGCUGAACAGAUACGUCUUUAGACCCCCUCUUGAAAGGCCCAAAACUAUCGCUGGAACGCAGAACACAUUAGGUUACUCGUUCCACCAACUCUAUAUUGUGUUGUAUUAUAUUGUGCAUGGGUUUCAUUUUGAAGGACAUUAUUAAGAAAUUAAUUAUGUGAAUAUGAGCAGCAAUGUUUUGAGUUAUCCUAUGUGAAGUUUGUAUGCAUAUGGUUUUGUUUUAGUCUGAUACUUAUUUUGAAGAAUGACAUAAUUGCCUUUCUGUCAUACAAAAAGAAAUGUAAAAGAGUGUUUUUGUUGUUGUUCAUACACAUUUGAUAACAACUACUGAUUUGAAUGGAUAUAUUAUUCCUGUUUUGAUACGUUUAAAAAAAACAAAAACAAAAACAAAUACAUUGCCAAAAUGUGAGUUUCAUCAACUGAUGCUGAACAGUGAAUGCUUUCUCCUGAGAGUUGGCUGUGACUGUAAGGAGCUUCAUUGUCACUCCUUGACAUCCACACACCCUCUUGAAAGGAACUCAAGUUCCUGGGAACUCUUCUUGACUGUCAAUUGAACCCAGUGUUUUAGUUUCAAACAUUUGUGUUCUGGAGAUGGGGCUAGAAAGAGUGCUGGCAUUUGGGAGGAAAAUCAGUCACAUGUUGGUGUAAAUACAGUAUAAUGAGCUGUGCACAUUCAGUCAUUAUUAAAGGUCCUUCAAUGCAAAUUCUGACAAAGUGUGCAUAUUACCGGUAUACAACUGCUUAUUAAAGCAUGCGCUGCAGACUGCAAUGUAUUUUUCUCAUGAGAUUUCAACAGAAAACAAUUGAUUUGUUCUGAUUUGCUUGACAUCCUUGGUUCAUCAAACUCUUUCUUUUCAGUUUGGCUGAAAGUCUGUGAAAGUAUAUGGAUAACUUCUGGGGAAAAAAGUGCAAUGAAGAGUCACUUAUCAACAAUCGUAAAUAGUGCACAAUUUAAUACAAAAACACAUGCAGAACAUGAUGACAUUUUUUAUAUUCCUGAGAAGUAUUGUGUACAGUGGACAGUAAAUAAACAUUUCAUAAGAAUGUUGUUACUUUUAUCUUGAA